GAUAGGACUGGAUAGGACAUAGGAUGGUGAGGGUGGGUGUGAGUGGCAAAUGGUAUAGGCGCAAGUUGCAUCGGUUAGCAGUGUUACGUGUGGUGUAAGCUCUUUUUCUAAUGUAUUAGUACAUUCAUAUAUACUGUGGAAAGUUGUAUAGGUGACAAAGACAAAGAAGCAAUAAAAUCAAACAGUAUUGUGUGAUAUAUUGUAUAUAGAGAUUAUUUAAAAUGAACGAAGAAGACAGGCAGAAGAUCGUGCAUAAUUUGGUGGAGCUUGUUGCACAAACAAAUUUGGACACACUGCUACCUGAAUUGUUGCAAAAGGGAGUUUUCACUCUUGAAAUGGGGCAGAAGUACAUGAAUAACAGCGUGGAUCUUCUAGAAAGGAAGCGGCAGUUGUACUUGGAUCUGCAGACACGGGGUCCAGAGGCCUUUCAGCAUCUUAUUGUUUCUCUGAUGAAGACUGGACAUCUUGAUUUAGUUCAGCAAUUGCAGCCCGGCAUUGAUCUAAGAAGUUUCUUCUUGGAACAAGUACCAAGGAAUGUGGCUCAUGUUCGUCAAGGCACAGCCAUGUUCAUUCCUCCAAAUUAUGCGCCAGAAGAUGAUACUGACCUUAGUCCAAGACUUAGAACCUUGCAGCUUCAAAUUCCUCACUCCGUAGCAAAUUUAAGCCAAGAACCAUUGAAGGUUGUAGUGAAGAAGGCUACCAUGAGAAAGGAUAUUUGUACCCCUAAAGGGCUGCAGGUGUAUCCCAUGAGCUCCAAACCAAGGGGAUAUUUUUUUAUGAUCAAUAAUGUUGAAUUUGUGAAUAAUAUUUUUGAUCCAAGGAAGGGCUCACUUGUUGAUGAGGAAAACCUUCAUGAGUUGUUUAGAGAAUUUGGAUACAUUGUGGAGUCACACCGUAACCAAGGAUUAGAGGAUAUGAAGCGUAAGAUUCGUGAAUUUGCUCAGCGUAGAGAGCAUUCACUUUAUGAUUCCUGUGUGGUGGCAAUUAUGAGUCAUGGGAACAUGGGAAGCAGUAAGCAGGAUUCCGUCAUUAUAGCCGCCAAUGGCCAAUACCUAGAGAUAGAAUGGGUUUUGGAACAGUUCACCAAUGAGAAUGCUCCAAGUCUCCAAGCAAGACCCAAGAUCUUCUUUUUUCAGACAUGCAGGGGUGAUGGACAGGAUUUUGGGGUGAAAUUGACAUCUGGUCGCAUCAAGAAAGAUGGGUCUAGUUCCUCUGUUCUUCGCUCAAUGUCUGAUAUGCUUAUUGGAUAUUCAACCCUGCCUGGAUUCUCAUCAAAUAGGGACAUACAUCUUGGAACUUGGUAUAUUCAAGCAAUCUGCGAAGUGUUUAUGGAACAUGCCUGUGAUACAGAUGUUGAAGACAUGCUCAAAUUGGUUGAUCAGAAGUUGGCCACACUUACGGCCGAAGAUGGUUCGUUGCAGACAUCUUCUUAUGAGAACAGAGGUUUUCGUAAAUUGUAUUUCAAUCCUGGACUAUUUGAUCCUCCAUCUGGAUAUGCUUAGCCUGUCAAUAGUUAGGAAAUCUGGCUAAAUGAUACAUUUAGCAGAGAAUAUAAUUAAAAGUUUGUGGUAUCUUGUGUAUUCUGUUGGCGCUUCUGACUUUGUGGUCCUCUGUCAGCAGACUUCUGACAUAAUUUUUUCUGCACAGGUACACUAUCAGAAAUCUUUUGUGCCACAUUAUGAUGUGUGUUAAUUUGCAUUUUGUUAUUUACAUUCCAUGACACUUUUUAUGGCAGUACCUAUGUAAGAACCAACAUAUUUCAGGAUUUUUAUGUUUUGUAACUAAACAUGCCCAUGAUUUUAUGGGCACUGUAACUGAUAGGACUGAGGUCAAAAAUAAGAAAAAAAUAUGAAAGGAAAGGGGUAAUUUUUGGGGGUUGAAAGAAUUUUAGAAAUUUUUUUGGUUACAUUUCUGUUUCUUGUCACACAUGGCUGGAGCUGCCUGCUUCAAUUCUGAAAGUUUUACACCAUUGAAAAAUGAUUUGCUGGGAAGUCUGAUCUGGAGGUGAUGGCUCAGUUGAUUUUGUAACAGUGGUCAGUGCCUGAAUGUUAAAUUCCAGUUCAUACAAUCUCCAGACUUUUAUUCAUUUGAUUGUGAAAUGAGUUUGUUAUGUAAAAGGUUUACUGAAAUGACUUAUAAAUAACAUUCAGGUAUGUGAUGUUUUAUGUGAAAGAAUAUGAAAAUGCAUUCUGUGUUCAUAUAAGUUCAUGAUAGCAUAAAGUAUGCAUAAAUUAAAUGUUUGCAUUGUUUUUACAUGGCCGAUCAUGGUAGCUGAACUGUCUUAACCCUUCAGCAUGGGCAUUUAAAUAUCGCUGUUGUGGGGCCUCCUGCGGUAGUAUUUUUUAGUUGCCCAUUUAAAUUUUGCUCUAAAUUAUAUUAUGUAUCAUAACUUUUGAACUAUAUGAGAUAUACUUAUGAAUUUUUCACUGAAAUCAUCUUAAAAGAUGGUUUUAUAAUCUUAACUUAUAAUAUGAGCACCCUGUAUCUGAGUGGUGGAAUCAAGUGAAUUAGAAGUUGAGUUUCAUAUGGUAUUUCUUGAAACAUCCAUCUAAACACAACCCUGCCUCACAUUCACUACACCAGUAAAUAGAUUCUUUCUUUUUACCAUGUUUUGCGCACACCACACAUCUUUUUUUAGGCUUUGCCUUUUUCCUUUGGCUGGAAUACGAUCCAGGAAAUGUCGUUCUGUGAGUCUUUUAGGCGGCGGCUCAACUGACAGACGGCUGUAUACAGGACGAAGAACACCAGAACCAUGUUUUUCCAUGAGGCCUUGUACUAGUGAAAGUCUGAACUUUAGUGUGUCCAUGUUUUUGUUAUUUGGGAGACACCGAUAUAUGUCCAUUGCAUUAUGUAUUGCUACAUUGAGUAGCCACUUGAAUAACUUCUGAUACCACUUAGUACUCUUCUUUCGUUCAAGCAAGUACGGCUGUAGCAUUUGAUCCUUCAUAUCCACUCCUAGCAUGUUUUUGUUGUAAUCACAAACAACCACAGGAUUUGUUUCUUGUUUGUUUGCUUUAUUCACAACCACACGCAUAUCACCUUUGUGGUAUGCUGAUAUCAUAGUCACUCAGCCAUCGUAACUGUGAGGUCACGCGUUCUAUUUAGACUGACUGGCAGUGCUGCAGGAUCUUGAAUGUUAUGGUUACACAAACAGAGAGCGUAUUCUUUUCACAACAGCCCAGUGCAAUUGUCGUCAUGCUGGCAUGGUUCGUUCCAUAUUUAUGGGCCUUCGAAAUUAGGCUUACAGCUUGGCUUACGGUGUACAGCAAACCGCAGGUAGGACCAUUUAAAUACCAGCGUACUGUGUACGGCAGACCAUGCUGAAGGGUUAAGGAAGAUGCUGUCUUCUGUUGAUUUAGUAAUGAAAUCAUGAGUUUGAAUCCAACUUGUGGCAUGGAUGUAUGUAUUUUUUUUAUGCUUGUGUUGUCAUGUGGAGGCCUUGUGAUGGGCAAGUCCCCCAUUGAAGGAGUCCUACCAGUCAUCUGUAAAUAAAAUUCUGAAACCCAGUAUACAGCAGUCACUGGACUGCAUAGGUCUGUCAUGCCACACAAGAAGAUUAUUUUAUAUGAAAUAUGUCAAGUGUCCUGAUGUAUGUAUACAUAAUCAGUUGCAGAUAUAUGAUUAUGUGUGAUUACAUGACAUUGUGUAAUGUACAGUAUUAUGCCUGAACAGUGCCAUUAAUGUCAUAUUUUUAUAUUUAUAUCAGUGAAUGCACAAAUGAUGAAAAUUUGCAGUAGGUUUAAGGUCUUCAUAAUCUUUCUUUUUAUUAAUGCCUUUUGUGUUGAAAUACUUAUCUAAUAUCUCUUGAUUUUAGGUUUUUCUCAUCCUAGUCUACAAAUUCAUUGUACCACAGAAAUGUUAUGCAUGGGUCUUGCUGUAUGUCUCCAUACUGCAAUAAAUUAUAUGUAGCAGUG